AUGGCCCUUGCUGCCUCAGCGUUGGUGGCUAUAUUUAUCCUUGGUGGUUCCCACCAAGGAAGGGUCAGGACUCUUGAUGAAAAAUUGAAAUUGAUCGCGGGAGAGUCCCAAUGGCGCACUGCAGAAAUUCAACGCCUCGGCAUUCCAUCCCUGAAGGUGUCGGAUGGCCCAUCAGGAGCACGAGGAGAAAUUUUCGGCGAGGGCAUCCCAGCGGCUUUCCUGCCCUCGGGUUGUAGAACCAAGUCAGCUUCGGCCUUGCUUGCUCCCACUAUCUGCAUUCAUCGACACCCACUUGGUGGGCGCAAUUUCGAGUCUUUCAGUGAAGACCCUUAUCUCACCGGAAAGCUCGGCAUCGCCUACGUUCGAGGUAUCCAGUCACGCGGCAUUGGAGCUACUCCGAAACACUUUGUUGCCAACGACCAGGAAACGAGGAGGUUUAAACAAAAUGUCAAUGUUUCCGCGCGUGCCUUACGCGAAGUAUAUUUGUUACCGUUCCAGAUGGUCGUCCGUGAUGCUGAUCCGUGGUCCCGAGCUGAAUGGGGCUGGGAUGGUGUCUUUAUGAGCGAUUGGGGUGGCACUACAUCCACGGUCAAGUCUAUCAAUAAUGGUCUUGACCUUGAGAUGCCUGGCCCUCCUGUGAAACGCUCUAAGGUAGCUCUUGAGCAACCUUUGAGGGAUGAUUCGAUUCGCUUAUAUCGGGUGGACGAGUCUGCUGGUCGCAUCUUACGGUUUUUGAAAAAGGCAGGUCGCUUUGAAAAUCCUAGAGACGACCCUGAAGUGUGCGAUGACACACCCGAGAAAAGGAGCCUGCUCUUCCGAGCCGCCUGCUCCGGAGUUGUGAUGCUGAAAAAUAACGACGGCGCUCUACCACUCAAACCAAAUGAGAAUAUUCAAAAGCUUGCUGUCCUCGGCCCAAACGCUCAACGGGUAGUUGCAGGCGGCGGUGGAAGUGCCUACAUCAAAGCUCCAUACUGGACAUCUGUCUACGAAUCGGUCCAGAACGAGUUUCGUCAUACAGCGACCGAGAUAGUUACUGCAGUUGGCGCUAAAGUUAAUCGGUAUCUCCCAACUUGCCAGGUUGCGAGGAAUCCCGACACAGGAAAGCCAGGGGCAGCCAUAGAUUGGUACCGAGGCCACGAGAUCACCGAUGCUGUGGUGGCGACAACUCACAUGUCAUUCGCUUUAAGUGAUGAUCUAUAUUUUAUGUCUUUUGGCGUCGUCCCAUCAGAGAUCAAUUCUGCCACAAACUUCUCCUUUCGCGUACGAGCCAUACUGAAGCCGUUAACAUCCGGCCACCAUACACUCUCACUUGCCGCUAUUGGACCGGCAAAACUUCUUGUCGAUGGAAAAUGUGUCCUAGAACAGUCUGGAGCGUUCGAUGAGAAAGGGAGUCUGUUCUUUACUUAUGGUAGUGAGGAGAAGACAGUAUCAAUGGCUUUUGAUGCUGGACGAGAGUAUAUGAUCGAUAUAUACUAUCGUUCCCAUGACCGUCAGCUCAAACUUGAACUCCGCGAUUUGAUGGAUCCGAUGGAAGAACAAUUCCAGGGUAUUCGUUUAGGAUUUGAGGAACACGAUACUUUAGAUCGAACAGCUGCAGCAGCUGAAAUAGCUACGGAUUGCGACGCUGCCAUCAUUGUUGUAGGCCGCGAUAAAGAGUGGGAGACCGAGGGCCAAGAUAUAUUGUCUUUCGAUUUGCCUGGUGAACAGGUACAACUGAUCCGUGAAGUAGCCACUGUUUGCAAACGUACCAUUGUUCUUGUACAGGCGGGAACACCGGUUAACAUGGAGCCAUGGAUGCAAGACGUUCAAGCGGUUCUGUAUACUUGGUACCAAGGCCAAGAACUAGGCAAUGCUGCUGCAGCUGUUGUAUGUGGCACCGUGAAUCCUUCGGGCCGACUCCCUGUCACUUUCCCGCGACGUAUCGAGGAUUGUCCUGCAUUUUCAUCCUUCCCAGGCGAACAGAACCAGAUCUAUUACAGCGAGGACAUAUUCGUCGGUUAUCGAUGGUGGGAUCUUCUAUCCAUCGAACCCUUGUUCCCUCUUGGCUACGGUCUUUCCUACAAUAAGUUCGAGGUUGUGCCAGGGUCGAUCAGCAAGCCUACCUUAGAAGAACAUUCGCCAUCAUUGACAAUAACAUUCGAAGUCAACAAUAUCGGAGGUAGCGACGUACCAGGUCGGGAAACGGUCAUUGUGUGGUUCUCCCAUUGUUCGCCGACCCGAUUGAGAAGACCAAAGAAACAAAUCUGUGGAUUUGCCAAAAGCAAACCUUUGUCAACCGGUGAGAAGGAGCAAAUAGUGCUAGAUCUUGACUUCCAUGCCUUUGGAAUGUUUGACCCCCAGAGUCAUGUCUGGAUCAUUGAUGCAUGCUCUGAGUUUGACAUUUGGCUGGGAACGACAGCGUCCAACGCACAUCCCGUCUGGCGAGUGAAGGCUCCCGAGGAGAUGACUUGGAUCCGCUAG